CACAUUAUCUAGCUCAUUCAAGAUGCCUUUUUCGACGCUACCAGAAGAAAAGAAGCCCCCGGACUCGUCGGAUUAUACUAACAUCUACAACCAGUCUACCACCGACUCCUACGACACAGAGGAAGCACACAGUAACUGCGGCAGUACUGUAUUCAGUAGCGUAGCCGACAAUUCCUCUACCUCAUCCGGACCAGAACCCCCACAAGUCAAACCGACAGUUGACCGCCGAUUCCACCCCGAAAGGAUGUAUCCUAGCCACUUCACGCCGGACGACAUUCAAGUUCGACGGGGUGAAUGCGUUCUUCUCGCAUGUCCAGGCUCAAAGAGAAAGUGCCCCCAUUGCAAUUGCCAUGUGUGUCACACUGGUUGCAUCGUGAUCGCGGUGGAUGGAGCGUGUCAUCGAAAUGGACAGCCUGGGGCCCGGGCCUCGGUCGGGGUGUACCACGGGUUCGAAAGCAACUGGAAUGCUAGUUAUCUUCUUUCCUCGGAAGAGAAUCAGACGAAUCAGGUUGCUGAACUUGUGGCCUGCGAGACGGCUUUGAUUGAUGCGCGUCUCAUGCAUGAGUAUGGUGAGAAAUAUGGGAUUGAAGACCGGAAGCUUUCUAUCGUGGUUAUCAAGUCCGAUUCGGAGUAUGUAGUGCGUGGUAUGACUGAAUGGAUCGAAAAAUGGAAGACCAACGGCUGGUUGAAUGCGAAGGGUCAGCCAGUCGCGAAUAGGGAAUAUUUCUUCAGGAUUGAUGGAAUUGUUGAGUCCCUUGAGAAGAAGUACGUGUCGGUUAAGUUCUGGCAUGUUCCUCGUGAGUUGAAUAAGGAGGCUGAUAAGCUGGCCAAAGCUGCUCUGUGUGAGGUUUGA